UCCCAGCGAAGGGCCUGGAGGGGAGCGCAAGGAUCGGGACUGCUCACAAGCAUCCGACUUGUUGAAAGACGUCGAGCGAGGCCAGAGGCUGUGCCCGGGGCCGGGGGACAAAGCGGCGCUGGCCCGCCGGGAUGGUGCAACUCGCGCGGUGAAAAUGGUCUUUGUCCAACUUUUCUGAUGCCGGGAGGCCGGGCGGCACGGCUCUAGCGGGAAGGGCUCCUGCGAACACCGCUCGAGUAAUGCUGGGAAGUGGAGGGGGUGUUACUGGAGUCCUGCACAAGUAUUUCUCUGUGAAGACCUCUGUGCUUUAAUUUGGGAAGAUACUCAAACACUCCAAGAAAUCUCAGACCAUUUCAAGGGAGUGGUGUGUGCUUGUUGAAGAUGUUGGUAUUUACAGAGAAUCUUCAUGGAUUCUAAUGCUGGCAUCAGUGCAAGAGUGUCGGGAAUGGGUUGGCUCUGGAUGGUCUUCUUCUUUCAUCUAGUCACCUCAUUAGAAGAAAUACUUCUGGACACAACUCAAGAGACCUCAGAGAUAGGCUGGACUGCACACCCUUCUGAUGGGUGGGAUGAGGUAAGUGUCCUGGAUGACAAGAAGCGCCUGAUCCGAACCUUUCAAGUGUGCAACGUGGCUGAACCGGGUCAGAACAACUGGCUGCGCACUCACUUCAUAGAGCGGCGCGGAGCCCACCGCGUCCACGUCCGCCUCCGCUUCUCAGUGAGGGACUGUGCCAGCAUGCGCACCGUGGCCUCUUCCUGCAAGGAGACUUUCACGCUCUACUACCACCAGUCGGAGGCUGACAUAGCCUCUCAGGACAUGCCAGAGUGGCGUGAGGGCCCCUGGACCAAAGUGGACACUAUUGCAGCUGAUGAAAGCUUUUCCCAGGUGGACAGCACUGGGAAGGUGGUCAAGAUGAAUGUUAAAGUACGUAGCUUUGGGCCACUCACCAAGCAGGGCUUCUACCUGGCCUUCCAGGAUUCGGGAGCCUGCAUGUCCUUGGUGGCAGUCCAAGUCUUUUUCUACAAGUGCCCAGCUGUGGUGAAAGGAUUUGCCUCCUUUCCUGAAACGUUUGCUGGCGGGGAGAGGACGUCACUGGUGGAGUCCCCGGGGACGUGUGUGCCCAACGCUGAAGAGACGAGCACGACGGGCUCCUCGAGUGUUCGGCUGCACUGCAACGGGGAAGGGGAGUGGAUGGUGGCCAUUGGACGGUGUACCUGCAAGGCUGGCUACCAGCCUGUGGACGAUGAACGAGCCUGCCAAGCCUGUGCCCCUGGUUUCUUCAAAGUAUCUGUGGGAGAUGACCCCUGCCACCUGUGCCCUGCCCACAGCCACGCUCCACUGCCAGGUUCCCGGGAAUGUGUGUGUCAGAACCGGUACUACCGAUCUGCUUCAGACAAUUCUGAUGCUCCCUGCACUGGCAUCCCCUCUGCUCCUCGUGACCUCAGCUAUGAAAUCGUUGGUUCCAACGUGCUCCUGACCUGGCGCCUCCCGAAGGACCUGGGUGGCCGCAAGGACGUUUUCUUCAACGUGAUCUGCAAGGUGUGCCCGGCGGGGUCAGCAGGGCCGUGCGUGCGCUGCGGGGACAGCGUCCAGUUCGAGCCACGCCAGGUGGGGCUGACCGAGAGCCGCGUGCAGGUCUCCAACCUCCUGGCCCGUGUGCACUACACCUUCGAGAUCCAGGCCGUCAACUUGGUGACUGAGCUGAGCUCAGAAGCACCCCACUUUGCCACCAUCAAUGUUAGCACCAGCCAGUCAGUCCCCUCUGCUGUGCCUAUGAUGCAUCAGGUGAGUCGUACUACCAAUAGCAUCACUCUGUCGUGGCCUCAGCCAGACCAGCCCAAUGGGAUCAUCCUGGAUUACCAGCUACGCUACUUUGACAAGGCAGAGGAUGAGGAUAAUUCAUUGACCUUAACUAGUGAGACCAACAUGGCCACAAUAUCAAGUCUGAGCCCAGGCAAGAUCUACGCCUUCCAAGUGCGCGCUAGGACAGCAAUCGGCUACGGUCCUUACAGUGGGAAGAUGUAUUUCCAGACUUCAACAGGAGGGGAGCGCUCGGAGAUGGUGCAGGACCGACUGCCACUGAUCGUGGGCUCAGCGCUCGGGGGCCUGGCCUUCUUGGUAAUUGCUGCCAUUGCCAUCCUUGCCAUCAUCUUCAAGAGUAAAAGGCGAGAGACUCCAUACACAGACCGCCUGCAGCAGUAUAUCGGUGCACGAGGACUUGGAGUGAAGUAUUACAUUGAUCCUUCAACCUAUGAAGAUCCCAAUGAAGCCAUUCGAGAAUUUGCCAAGGAGAUUGAUGUGUCCCUCAUCAAGAUUGAGGAGGUCAUUGGAUCAGGAGAGUUUGGAGAGGUGUGCUUUGGGCGCCUAAAACACCCAGGGAAGCGUGAAUACAUGGUGGCUAUUAAGACCUUGAAGUCCGGUUACACAGAGGAGCAGCGGCGGGAGUUCCUGAGUGAGGCCAGCAUCAUGGGGCAAUUUGAGCAUCCCAAUGUCAUCCACCUGGAGGGGGUGGUCACCAAGAGCCGACCAGUCAUGAUUGUCACAGAGUUCAUGGAGAAUGGAUCGCUGGAUUCCUUCCUCAGGCAGAAGGAAGGGCAGUUCAGCGUGCUGCAGCUGGUGGGAAUGCUGCGGGGGAUUGCAGCCGGCAUGCGCUACCUGUCAGACAUGAACUAUGUGCAUCGUGACCUGGCAGCACGAAACAUCUUGGUCAACAGUAACCUGGUGUGCAAGGUGUCAGACUUCGGGUUGUCCCGCUUCCUGGAGGAUGAUGCUUCCAAUCCCACCUACACUGGGGGUCUGGGCUGCAAAAUUCCCAUCCGCUGGACUGCCCCUGAAGCCAUCCAGUACCGCAAGUUCACCUCCUCCAGUGAUGUCUGGAGCUAUGGCAUUGUCAUGUGGGAGGUGAUGUCCUACGGUGAGAGGCCUUACUGGGACAUGUCCAAUCAGGAUGUAAUUAAUGCCAUUGACCAGGACUAUCGCCUGCCACCACCCCCAGACUGCCCUACUGUUUUGCACCUGCUGAUGCUUGACUGCUGGCAGAAGGAGCGGGUCCAGAGACCCAAAUUUGAGCAAAUAGUCAGUGCCCUGGAUAAAAUGAUUCGCAAGCCAUCAGCCCUCAAAGCCAUUGGCACUGGGACCAGCAGACCAUCUCAGCCUCUCCUGAGCAACUGUCCUCCAGAUUUCCCGUCCCUCAGCAAUGCCCAUGAGUGGUUGGAUGCUAUCAAGAUGGGCCGCUACAAGGAGAAUUUUGACCAGGCCGGUCUGGCUACAUUUGAUGUCAUAUCACGCAUGACUCUGGAAGAUAUCCAGCGUAUUGGAAUCACCCUCGUUGGUCACCAGAAGAAGAUUCUAAACAGCAUCCAGCUCAUGCGAGUCCAUUUGAAUCAACUUGAACCAGUUGAAGUGUGAUGUUUACAUCAUCCUCAUUCCACUAGUCUCAAACUCUGGAAAGGUUCUGGGGGAAUUCAGAGGGAUUUUCAAUGUAAGAAAGAGAUGUCAGUAUGCUACUUGAAGACUUAAUGCACCCAGAGAGUGCACACUACAUGUCCUGUUCCAUGAACAAAAACAAAGCCUUGCUGUGAUUUGAAAGCAGAGCUAAAUGACUGGUGACAAUUACAUGUGGCUGAUGUCACACAUUGGGAAUGGGCUUGGGGUGGGAAGGUUAUAAUAACAUGGGGUGGAGAUGGAAUAACGGCUUGGACAGAUCACAAGCACCUGUUGCCUAUUGUCUGCCAACAAAAGGUAUCUGACAACUUUACAAAGUCAUCAGCAGGCUUUAUUUAUGGCUGAGAGCCCAGCAAAGCUGAAAAGACAUAAUAAAGGCAACAAAAAAUUAGCAUUUUUUUCAGAAGAAUGCCAUCGUGGUGUGAGAGAUUAUUCCUCAGAUGGAGAUGAGCAUCAGGCUAUCACUUGGUGUGCCAGCCGAGUUUGGAACUGAAGUUCCAGCUAGUGCACAGUACGUGGUAAGCAAAAACAGAUGUCACCUGGUAAGCAGGUUCAGAGUAAAGGGUUCAAAAUUCAAUGCUA